AUGCCUUCAACAGUAAAAGUCCAAGCCGCGAAGCCGGUUGUCAAGCGGAAACGCUCCGAGAACGGCGAACCCAUCAAGAAGCGCAGAAAGUCCGAGGCCGGCGAGGAAAAGGAAGACCUCGCAUCGCAAAUCCAGAAUCUCGAAUCCCAGAUCAACGAGUCCAGGAAGCACUACAACAACAUCGCUACCCUUAUAGAGUACGCCGAAAAGCAGAAUGAAGACCCCAAGACCGCCAUCGCCGCCGCCGAAGCUCUGUGCCGCGUGUUCGUUCGCCUACUCGCCUCGGGCAGUUUGGUCAAGAAGAAGGAUGCUUCGGAGAAAGAUGCGACCGUCGCAAAGUGGCUUCGGGAUCGCCUGACCGACCACCAUAAGGCUCUUGUCGCCAUGUUCAAGAGCACCAAGCUUGCCACCCAGGCUCUCGUUCUGGCUAUGGCUUUGCUGAAGGCGGAAGCCCAGUACCUGGAGGGCAAGGACGAGGCCGUCUUUCCUUGGCCUCUCUUCAAUGCCAUCAUCAGUGCGCUUCUAACGUCGCCAGUCGAGGAGGUGCGUGAUGAAUUUUGUGACAAGUUCAUCGACGAGUAUGACGACAUUAGAUUUUACACGUUUGAGGGAAUCAAGGACUUCCUUACAGAACGCGAGUCGGUCGAUGAAGAGCUACAAAACACAGUGUUUAAUUUCCUCCUCAAGAUGGAGGAUAUCCCAGAGUCAUCCGAAGACCUUGAGGACUUCUAUAUCGAGCAACCCGUCAAGAAGAAGCACCCACUGCGGUCCUUGUCGCAGCAUAAGAAGAGGGCACAGGAAGCUUGGCUGGCUUUGAUGCACCUGGGUCUGAGUAAGGAGCAGAGAAAGAAGGUGUUGGACGUCAUGGCAUCCUCAAUUGCGCCAUGGUUCAUCAAGCCCGAGCUCCUCAUGGACUUCCUUACCGACUGCUACAACACUGGCGGCUCUAUCUCGCUCCUGGCCCUUUCCGGUGUGUUCUACCUGAUCCAGGAACGCAACCUGGAUUACCCGUCUUUCUAUCAGAAACUCUACUCCUUGCUGGAUACCGACAUCCUCCAUUCCAAGUACCGCUCACGCUUCUUCCGCCUCCUCGAUACGUUCCUGGGCUCGUCCCAUUUGCCCGCCGUCCUGGUGGCAAGCUUCAUCAAGCGUCUGGCCCGUCUCGCCCUCAACGCACCACCAAGCGCCAUUGUUGUCAUCGUUCCGUGGUUCUACAACCUGUUCAAGAAGCAUCCUCUCACCACAUUCAUGAUGCACCGUAUACCGCGGACCAAGGAGGAGAAGGAGCUGAUCGAGAAGGAGGGAGUCCUUGACCCUUUCCUUCCUGACGAAGAGGACCCUAUGGAGACCCACGCCAUUGACAGUUCUCUGUGGGAGAUUGUGCAGUUACAGUCUCAUUACCACCCCAACGUUGCGACCAUUGCCAAGAUCAUCUCUGAGCAGUUUACAAAACAGGCUUACAACCUGGAGGAUUUUCUGGACCACUCCUAUGGCAGUCUUAUCGACGCAGAGAUGUCCAAGGAAGUGAAGAAGGCUCCGGUCAUCGAGUUCAUGAUCCCGAAACACAUUUUUACCAAGGCCGAUCCUGGCACAGAGCAGACUGAUAGCCCGUUGGUCAGUCUAUGGGAUUUUGGUUCAUCGUAA